UAAUUGAGGUUUAUUCCGGACUUCGUUAAUACUCAAAACAACCGCCGAAACAACACACUGUCGAUCAUCUCCGGUCACCAUCCACGGCGAUUUAAGACUUUAUUCUGGGACUUCUACUACCUAAUACCAUCUAUUAUUGACACUUUUGAAAGAUGGUUGGGGUACAACCGGAAAGAGAAGAGAAAGUAUCGUUAGAACUCACUGAAGAGAUUCUGCAGAGCAUGGAAAUCGGCAUGGUUUUUAGAGAUUAUAAUGGUAGAAUCAGUUCAAUGGAUUUUCACAAGACGUCGAGUUAUUUAGUAACUGCUAGUGAUGAUGAAUCUAUCCGUCUUUAUGAUGUUUCCAGUGCUGCAUGUUUAAAGACUAUCAAUAGCAAGAAGUAUGGGGUUGACCUGGUAUGCUUUACUUCUCAUCCUACAACUGUUAUAUACUCCUCGAAAAAUGGAUGGGAUGAAUCUCUGCGGCUUCUCUCAUUAAAUGAUAACAAGUACUUGCGGUAUUUUAAAGGUCAUCAUGACAGGGUCGUCUCACUAAGCCUGUGUGCUCGUAAAGAAUGCUUCAUAUCGGGUUCUCUUGAUCGAACUGUUCUUCUUUGGGAUCAACGAGCUGAAAAGUGUCAGGGUCUUUUACAUGUACAAGGAAGGCCUGCUACUGCUUAUGAUGAUCAAGGGCUAGUAUUUACAAUUGCCUUUGGAGGAUUCAUAAGAAUGUUUGACUCUCGCAAGUAUGAAAAGGGUCCUUUUGAAAUAUUUUCUGUUGGGGGAGAUGUAUCUGAUGCGCAUGUUGUAAAGUUUAGCAAUGAUGGAAGACUUAUGCUCCUCACAACUGUGGAUGGGCACAUUCAUGUACUUGAUUCAUUUCGUGGCACACUUUUAUCCACAUACAAUGUGAAGCCAGUUUUAACCAACUCUACAUUAGAGGCCUCUUUCAGCCCUGAAGGAAUGUUUGUUGUGUCAGGUUCAGGUGAUGGUAGUGUUCAUGCUUGGAGUGUAAGGAGUGGCAAAGAGGUUGCAAGUUGGAUGACUUAUGAAACUGAGCCUCAUGUCAUAAAAUGGGCCCCUGGAAGUCUUAUGUUUGCAACUGGGUCUUCUGAGCUAUCAUUUUGGAUUCCGGACUUGUCUAAAUUGGCAGCUUAUGUUGGAAGGAAGUAGAAUUUAGCCGUGAUGCCCCAAAAAUUUCAAGCAUUAAGCAGUAUGAGGUUCUCUCUUUUAGAUGAACUUAUUGGUGAAAAUUACUGCCAAAAAACUUACGCAAGUAUAUUUUGUUAUUCUUCCUCUGUCCCUUUAGAUCGGGGACAUUUUUGUCCUCGAUAGAAAUCUAAUAGACCUGUAUGUCAGGUUGUAAGGAUCCAGUUGCUUACGGCCUGUAUAGUGUCAAAUGUAAAACCUCACAUCAUCAAAGGUGCUUUUGCGGACAGACAUUGCAGUUCAGGCUUAUCAAUGCUUGAUCGUGAGGGUUCAUUCUGUUAAUGGCCAUUUCUAGUUGGCAAAACGGCAAGGUCCUUUGUUGCCUUGAAGCUCCUGUGCAUGUAUUUAUGUAGCUAACCCUGCAUGUGUCGACGGGUGCUAAGAUAGUCAUACGCUUCCAAUUUUCAAACUUUCAACUUUCCGGCGCCUUUCUUUUUCUCUUUUAUUUUCAUUACAUAGAGCUUAAUGCACUGAACAAAUUGGCAUCUUUUAGCCCAUGCAUGGUGGCAUCAGAGACAUAUAGAUGCUUGCAAUUCUCCUCUAUCUAUGGUCGUGUGUUCCCUAAGGUUAUAUUGCGGCCGCCAUUGACUGCAGAACCACAGUUCCGGUCUUGUUUCAGUAAAAAAAAAAAGGUUUUCUAGUUGUGAAGUGUAUGUAGAGCAUAUCAUUUGAUAGAACACCAACUAAAGCUUUGAAAUGUAUAUGUAGCAUCUGCCUCUGCAUUAAUAGCAAUUCAGAAUGUAAGUUGAUCUUUUCUUUCUUUGUA